AUGUCCGAAAGAGAUUUGCAUUAUCCUGAUCAUGAGUCUGACCAUAAGCCUACAUCAUCCUCUGUAGUGAAGCUCUUUGGUUUUGUGGUCACUGACAAGGACAAAACUCCGGGAUCUGAGCAACACGAAUCCGACAACAGAAGAUACGAAUGCCAGUAUUGCCAGAGAGAGUUUGCGAAUUCUCAGGCCUUGGGUGGCCAUCAAAAUGCACACAAGAAAGAAAGACAAAGAUCAAAGAGGGCUCAGUUAGUGAGUAAUCACCAGACUCGACGCUUGGCAGUGAAUGUACCGCUUAUCAAUGCCCAUGCUGCUCGAUCAGGACCGUUUGUUUAUUCUGCAGGGCCAGCUUUCCGCACUCCUGCUGAUGCUUGUGCAUAUCCGCAACCACCUCAGGUGUUACCAGGUGUUCCUCUGCGAAACCCUGGCAAAUUCUUCGUUGGAAGGCCGUACCAUUUUAGCAAUGUGGGGGCAUCAUACGAUACGAGUCCUUUGUCAAGAUCAGCGGCUGCUGAGGCAGCAUCGGAUGGAGUAGUAGAUGUAGACCUUCACCUAUGA